AUGGCGUCUCCGAGCCAGACGAUUGUUCUCAUCACCGGUGCCAACCAGGGGCUCGGGUAUGAGGCUGUCAAGAAGCUGGCGGCCGAACAGGCCGACUAUGUCAUCCUCCUCGGGUCCAGAAACCCAGAAAGAGGCCACGAGGCCGCGGGCAGCAUUACGAGCCUCGCCAAAGGCACGUCUGUCGUGCCCCUAGUCAUCGACAUUGACUCGGACGAAUCCAUCACUCGCGCCGCCCAGCGCGUGGACGAGACCUACGGUCGCCUCGACGUCCUCUUUAACAACGCCGGCAUCUCCACCGCGGGUCCAGGCGCUGGCGACAGUCUGCGCGAACAGAUGCGAUCGGUCAUUGAGACGAACCUCAUCAGCACCGCGGUGACCACCGAGGCCUUCAUCCCAUUGCUUCAGAAGUCUCGGGCCCCUCGGCUGUUGUUCAUGUCGUCCGGUAUCGGGUCCAUCGGAAACAUGCUCGAUCCGUCGUUCCCCAUGUACGGAGUGGACAGCAAACCUUACUCGACAUCCAAGGCCAGUCUGAACAUGCUCGCCGCCCUGUAUUCAGUGCAAUAUGGCAAGCAAGGUUUCAAAGUCAACGUCAUCUGUCCCGGAUACAGGGCGACCAGAAUGAACGGCUACGCUGAUACCGCUGGGAAGCCGGAAGAGGGCAUCAUCGCCGCGUGCGACUUGGUCGUCGAUGCCGAAGGGAAGAGCCCCAACGGCGCUUUCAUCUCCCAGGACAAUGGUUUCUGGCCGUGGUAG